AGCCCGCGGUCUCUACGGUUAAUUGGGAGCGCGACGGGAGGCAUCCCACUACCCGGCGACGCUCAGUUCUCAGUGUCGCUCUCUGGGAGGGCAGGCAGGACUUUGUUUAGUUAGGGCGGCGACCCCACGGUGGGUAGGGCGCGCGAGGCGCUGAGGGACUCUGGCCCUUGCGCCGCCUAGAGAGGGAAGAGAGUGUGACCAGUCCGAAGUCAAAAGCGUCGUUUUCCUGUCCCAAAGGGUAGGGGCACAAUGGACAGGCUCCUAACGCCCAGGGAAUCCGCUAAAUUCAUUGCAGAAAACAGCCGGGAUGUGUUCAUUGACAGCGAAGGCGUACGGAGGGUAGCCGAGCUGCUGCUGGCCAAAGCGUCGGGGCAGGAGCUGCGCGUGGAGGGGUGGAAGGCCCUUCAUGAGCUGAACCCCAGGGCGACAGACGAGGCCGCGGUCAACUGGGUGUUCCUGACAGACACUCUCAACUUCUCCUUUUGGUCCGAGCAGAACGAGCACAAGUGUGUGGUGAAGUAUAGGGAGAGAACGUACAGUGGGUACUGGUCCCUGUGCGCCGCAGUCAACAGAGCCCUCGACGAAGGAAUACCUUUGACUAGUGCCUCAUACUAUGCCACAGUGACCCUGGAUCAGGUUCGCCAUAUAUUUCGUUCUGACUCAGAUGUUUCCAUGCCUUUGAUAGAAGAGAGGCAUCGGAUUCUCAAUGAAACCGGAAAAAUUCUGCUGGAGAAGUUUGGAGGCUCAUUUCUUAAUUGUGUGCGAAAAAGUGAAAAUAGUGCACAGAAGUUAAUGUACUUGGUUGUUGAAAAUUUUCCUUCCUACCGAGAUGUAACUCAGUUUGAGGGGAAAAGAGUUUCUUUUUACAAACGAGCCCAAAUCCUUGUAGCAGAUACGUGGAGUGUAUUAGAAGGAAAAGGAGAUGGCUGCUUUAAAGAUAUCUCCAGCAUCACCAUGUUUGCUGACUAUAGAUUACCUCAGGUUCUUGUUCACCUUGGAGCCCUGAAAUACUCUGAUGAACUACUAAAGAAGCUUCUCAAAGGAGAGAUGCUCUCGUAUGGGGAUAAGCAAGAGGUGGAAAUCAGAGGCUGCUCACUUUGGUGUGUUGAGCUUAUCCGGGAUUGUCUUUUGGAGCUUAUUGAAAAAAAGGGUGACAUACCUAAUGAAGAGAUCAAUUCCAUUCUUCUGGAUUAUUUCUUAUGGGACUAUGCCCGUGACCAUAGGGAAGAUAUGAAAGGAAUUCCAUUUCAUCGUACACGUUGCAUAUAUUAUUGACCCCAAGGGUAAACUGAUCCAAAGAAAACUCCCUGAAUGUUUAUAACAUAUAAUCAUUUUUACAGUUUUGCUUUGAUAGUAAGAAAAGAUGAUAGAAGUUACAGGAAUGAAAAAAAUUGAUUAUCCAAUCUCACUUAAAAAAAUUUUUCCAGACAUAUCACUGUGUAUUCCCAAGCUUAUCAUUUGCUUGCUUAAUUUUGACUCUAUUUUUCUUUUCUGUGGACAUGUAGUUGACAGAAAUAGUGAAUGAACUUUAAUAUUUUAUUUAAAUCUCAGAUUUCUUAAUUAAUCAUGCUUUAUGUGACUAAUCUUCGGUGACAAUAUUUAAUCUAUUCAAUUGAUAUCUUCUUUCAUGGUAUAGUAAUUUUCUAUAUGCCUUAAUCAUUUGAUAUAAAAGAGAGAGAAGGUAGGGUUUUUGAUAUAUGAAUGAUGUUGCUCUUGUAAAAAUCAACAUAGACACCUUAUUUUAAACUUUUUAUGGGUAAUAAUAGUGGGUUUUGUACUUUAUGAUUUUCAAUUUAGGAUAUCUGUCUAAUAUAUAUAUAUAUGU